CCUAAAAUCUUGACCUUUGCACCUUCACCUGUAAUCACAAGACGACAACAACUUCCGCGUCUACGAGAAAAAAAAGGCCGUUUUAUAUCGUUGUAUUACGUUCUGAUUGGUUUCCUGGUCCAUCUAGAGAUUAGACGACUCAUUCAAGCGUUUGGGACUAGAAGCCGAGUUGUGAAACGACAACAGCGGGUGUAAUUCCACAUUUUAUUGACCGCCACCUAGUCGGACCCGCCCCCCUCCCCAAGUGACAGAAUGUCCGAAGGUAACGCCUCUGCCAUCCCGCUCCAGUUCGCCCCCUUCGGCAGCGCAUUGGACGCCGGGUUCUGGCACAAACUUACCCAGAACAAGCUGGAAGUCUACAAACUAGACGAUCAGCCCAGGCCCAUCCAUGGCUUCUACUAUAACGGUGAUGCCCCAGGUCUGCCCUGCAGGAUGAGUCUGGAGUUUAAUGCUUUUGAUGAGAACUACAAGUCACCUCCGAGAUGUUGCUUGUCGUACGGGACCCUGCAUAACAUGAACACCAUGGAAGCCUUCAAGGAAUCGGACAAGAAAGCUCUAAUAGACAGUGCCGCACAGAAGAUCUGGGAAGACAUCACCAGUGGAGCAGCUGUACAGAACCCUUCCCUACUGACUAGGUUUCUUCUGCUUACUUUUGCAGAUCUGAAGAAGUACUAUUAUUACUACUGGUUUGCCUUUCCUGCUCUGUGUUACCAUGACAACAUCACCUUGGCAACAGAACCUGUCACAAUCAAGACAGCAUUCACAGAAAAACAGAUCUCCAGCCUGCAGCAGUCCUAUGACACCCUGUGUGAGGGAGGUCAGCAGGUCGGAUUCUUCCUAGUGAAGAGAGAGGGUGACGAGGUCACAGUCGGAAACCUCAGGGACUGGGACACUUUCUUUGGCAGCCAAAGAAAGGUGACAGUUGGGUUUUGUGACCCCUGUACUCUAGACAAACAUCCUGGCUGGCCUCUCAGGAACCUACUGGCACUGGUAGCUUACAAGUGGAGUGACAGAAUAGAUGAACUAGAGAUUCUGUGUUUCCGAGAUCGAGUGAGGGAAGGAGUGAGAGACUCAUCUCACAGUCUACUGUUGCAGGUCAACAUGGCUGCAGUGCAGAGCCAAACAGAGUGUCCAAAGUGUGUUGGAUGGGAGAAGAACCAAAAAGGCAAGCUCGGUCCCAGGAUGGUUAACCUGAGUGCCAGUAUGGACCCUGCAAGACUAGCAGAGUCAGCGGUAGACUUGAACCUGAAGCUGAUGCGAUGGAGACUGCUGCCCUCGCUGGACCUGGACAAGAUCAGCAGCUGUCGAUGUCUGUUACUGGGGUCAGGAACUCUGGGAUGUAAUGUUGCUAGGUGUCUACUGGGGUGGGGAGUCCGUACCAUCACCCUGGUGGACAACUCUAAGGUCUCGUUCUCCAACCCAGUCCGCCAGUCUCUGUUCGAGUUUGAGGACUGCGUACAGGGAGGGAAGCCCAAGGCUGAGGCAGCUGCCGAGAAACUGAAGAGGAUAUUCCCUGGAGUGAAUGCCACAGGUGUGACUCUGUCCAUCCCCAUGCCUGGGCAUCCUGUAGGCACAUCAGAGGAGGCAGUUUCCCAGACCAGGGAAGAUGUGCAGAAGUUGGAAGAGCUGUUGGACUCCCAUGAUGCAGUGUUCCUGCUGAUGGACACCAGGGAGAGCAGGUGGUUACCAACCGUCAUGGCCGCCAGCAAGAGGAAGCUUGUGAUCAACGCAGCGCUAGGUUUUGACACGUACAUGGUGUGCAGACACGGACUGAAGCGCCCCCUGUCGGACCAGGCGGAGGGAGGCAGCAGUGCGGACACGGCGCCCAUGCACAGCACCAUGGGAAGGGUUAUCCCGGGUCACAUGCUGGGGUGUUACUUCUGUAAUGAUGUGGUGGCACCAGGGAAUUCCACCAGGGACAGAACCCUUGACCAACAGUGCACGGUGACCCGACCUGGGAUCUCCAUGGUGGCAGCAGCCAUGGCUGUGGAGCUGCUGGUGUCAGUACUGCAGCAUCCAGAUGGUGGCCAAGCCUCUGCAGACACCACCGGUAAGGAUGACCAUUUCUCAGCUGACUACACCUCUCCACUGGGCCUGGUACCACAUCAGCUGCGAGGGUUCCUGUCCAGGUUCCACACUGUACUGCCUGCCAGUAUCAGGUUCAACAGGUGUACAGCCUGUUCUGAACUGGUCAUACAGAAGUAUGAGAGUGAUGGUUUUGACUUCCUGCUGGAGGCCUUCAACUCCCCGAGCUCCUACCUGGAGGACCUGACAGGUCUGACACAGCUGCACCUGGAGACACAGGAUGCAGAGAUCUGGGAAUUGAGUGACGAUGAAGACAUGAUGUAGAGAUAUAACUGUUUAUAAAACAACAAAGAGUAAUGGAAAAAAGACAACAUCAAAAUCACAGAUCUUGUCAUCAAUGAUAGGAAAGAAAGGAAUGUACAAGAUAGUAUAGUAUGAUACAUAGCCUGCUAUUGUCUAGAGAAAUAGAAAGAACGGGUAUUCCAUAACAUUUACCAAGAGCUUAACACUGUUCAACAGUGUGAUAGCUUAGAGCACACAUUCUUUACUUAGAUUACUUUAUCCUGGUUAUUACAAUCCAAUCUAGGUACAGUUCUACAGUGCUCAACUAGGGUUGGAAUCGUAACUGGUUUUAGAUAUGUAUAUAUACAUUUAUAUAAAGAGAUACAUUUGGUUAGUAAACAUAAAAGCUAAAUUAUACGAGAGUUUCUGUCAAAAGUAAGUCCCUUGACAUAUUUCUUCUGCACCAUACCAGUGGGCAAGAGUAAUUAAAUGGAAAUGGGGACUUGCUACAUGUAAAACAAAUGAUUGAAAACUUGAAGGCAAAAAAACAGAAAAAUAGAACAAAUGUACAGAAAAGUAAAUGUACUUAAUUGUAGUAAAGAAACCAUUCCAGAAGCACAUUGCUUACUACUUCCAGUUUCAAAAGCAGAGCUCAACACUGAUACUUUUGUGAGAAAGGCAGUGAUUGUAUGUAUCAAGGAUGUUAUAUAUAUAUAUAUAUUGCUUGUACAUGUACUACUUUAAGGAUUAGUAAAAUGUGAUUGUCAUGGUUAGUGAUUGUUACUUUAAAUACGCAAAACUGCGACAAAUGUCUUAACGUAUGAGCGAGUUGUUAGACUAAGGAACGGUCUAGCUAGCAUUAAGAAAACAACUAAAUUUUCUGUCUCUAUACUUAUACUACGUAAUGUUGGCGGCAAAUUAUAUACAUGAACAUGAUCUAUAAGGGCUUGUUAGUACUUUAUGUUAGCUAUCAAUACCAACGUGUAGAUGUGUAUUUCUAAUGUAUGUUAGAUGCAUCUAAAACCAUGAAUUACAGUAAAUGUGCACACAAAUGAGUAACACAUGCAGUUGAGGAGUUGGCAUUCAAAUAAUCUGUACAAUUUAUUCAUGCAUUGCAGCAAGCUUAUAUAAUAAAUGAAAACAUGCUUCCAAUUUUCAAACAUUGGAACAAGUGAA